UCCGUCUAGAUAGGUUUUUAUUGAAAGAAGGGUUCCGUAUUUCUGGAACUGAUAUGUAACAAACCAGUAUUUAGAUUCACAUUUUACAACCCGACCGCUUUUGUUGCUAUACGAUUUACAAUCAAUAACUGUCACUAUUUCACCAAGCGACAUGACACAAUCAGUUGUGGUACAAGUGGGACAGUGUGGAAAUCAGAUAGGCUGCAGGUUCUGGGACUUGGCAUUGAGAGAACAUGCAGCUGUUAACAAGAAAGGUGUUUAUGAUGAAGCUUUAUGUAGUUUUUUUAGGAAUGUGGAUACUAGGUCUGAGGCUGGUGCAGCAGAUGUCUUGAAAGGCAAGAUUUGCUCGCUUAAAGCACGAGCUGUCUUGAUUGAUAUGGAGGAAGGAGUAGUAAAUGAAAUGCUUCAAGGACCUCUUCGUGAUGUGUUUGAUAGCAAGCAACUUAUUACUGAUGUAUCGGGCUCAGGAAACAAUUGGGCAGUCGGUCACAAUAUUUAUGGUGGCCAGUACCGUGAGCACAUAGUGGAGAAUGUUAGGAGAACAGCAGAACAGUGUGAUUGUCUGCAAUGUUUCUUUGUGAUUCACUCUAUGGGAGGAGGGACAGGAUCUGGUCUAGGAACAUCAGUUUUAAAUCUGCUUGAGGAUGAAUUCCCGGAGGUGUAUAGAUUUGUCACUGCUGUGUACCCGUCUGCUGAUGAUGAUGUCAUCACCUCUCCAUAUAACAGUGUCUUGGCUAUGCGAGAACUUACUGAACAUGCUGACUGUGUUCUGCCUAUAGAAAACCAAUCUUUAGGUGACAUUGUGAACAAAAUUCACCAGAUGGCAAACUCCGGAAAGCUUGGAAGUGUGAAGCAAAACAGCCUUUUGACUUCCAAUAAGGGUAGCACCAAAGAAACUGAAAAACCAUUUGAUGCUAUGAACAAUAUUGUAGCCAACUUGCUUCUUAAUUUAACCAGUUCUGCCAGAUUUGAAGGUUCGCUUAACAUGGAUCUCAAUGAAAUCACAAUGAACUUGGUCCCCUUUCCUCACCUUCACUAUCUGACAUCCAGCCUGACUCCUCUUUAUACACUGGCUGACGUCAACGUGCCCACACGUAGGCUUGAUCAGAUGUUUUCAGAUGCUUUCAGCAAAGACCACCAGUUGAUUCGUGCUGACCCAAAGCAUAGUCUGUACCUGGCAUGUGCAUUAAUGGUGCGAGGAAAUGUGCAAAUUUCAGAUCUUCGCAGGAACAUUGAGAGGUUAAAACCAUCUCUGCCAUUUGUCUCCUGGAAUCAAGAGGGGUGGAAGACAGGACUAUGUUCAGUUCCUCCAGUCGGCCAUUCCCAUUCGCUGCUGGCAUUGGCUAAUAACACCUGUGUUAAGCCUACAUUUAUAGAGCUCAGAGACAGAUUUAAUAAGCUCUACAGGAAAAAGGCUCACCUUCAUCACUAUCUACAAGUGGAUGGAAUGGAGCAGAGCUCAUUUUCAGAAGCCAUUUCUUCAUUGUCAUCUCUUAUAGAGGAAUACAACGAGCUUGAUGCGUCCAAAAGCAUACAAGUACCAGAUCCGCCAAGACUAAACAUUGCUGUAUAAAUGGUCAAAUGAAAUAUAAUGAAUUAUCUAUACGAAUUGGAUUUAUAUUGAGAAAUAAGUUUAAUAUAUUUUUUUAGAUAUAUUUAAGAAAAUAACGUGUCCGUAUUGUUUAUAUUUUUUCUUGCUUCUUUUUUACUGAAUGUGGUGUGAUCGCAAUGUGGUAUAAUCUAUUUUCCAAAUAUACACGUCAUAGUAUCUCAUCUUAAAGAGACAGUAAACAUUUUGUAAUAUAAAAUAGUUUAUUUUGUGUAGUAAAAACAAACCAUUGCAAUUUCCUUUUCUUUCAUGUAAUUAACAAGAGUCCAUGAGCUAGUGACGUAUGGGAUAUAC